AUGAAGAUAAAAUAUAACAUUUAACAAGAGGUUAAUGAUUUUGCUAAAGUCAUUCAUGAUUCUAUUGAUAAAAUAAAUGGAGAGUUCUUAGUUUUAUCUCAUGCUUAAACUUAAAAUAAAAUUUUAAAAUGUCAUGAUGUCACUGAUUUGCCUGAUGAACUUGUCAAAUGGACAUUAAAAAAUUUUCAGAAGAAAUAUGUCUAUGACUUCACAAGUAGAACCUAGGAGGAUCAAUACAAGUUUUAGCACUAUAAUCGAUACUUAUAAAUAAUGGCAAGUCAUGACAGAGAUUAUUUUUUGCUAGAAGUAGUCAAGAGUUGUUUUUAUCUUACCUAUCCUAAUUGGGAAUUUUUCAUUGUUGAUGAUGGCUCUGGAAAUCCACUAACAUUUAAAGUUCUUGAAUUGUUUGAAUCAGUUCCCAAAGUGAUAAUUUAAUAUCUAUACACAAAUCAGUAUGUUCCAUUCGCCAACAAUUUCGGCAUUGCAUAAGUCCGCGAUUUUAGUGGAGGCUAGGCUAUAAGUGUUAAUACAUUUGGCAACAUUAUUCUAGUCCCAGAUAGGCCUUUCAUAAACAUUUGGCAUAUUAUAAUAAGUCUGGUUGGAAGAAAUCAUAUUCCUAAUAAUUCUCUUAUUGUGAGAAUGAAUGAAAAAAUGAAAAAGCUUUUUUAUUACGAAAAUAUCAGUGCUUAAGACUAUAAAUUGUGGUUUAAGUUGUUAAUUGACCUUGAGCAAGAAAGAAUUAGAAUUGGUAUUACUGAGGCACAUGUAGUUAUCUUGAGAGAGCAUAGAAAGAGGAUGUCUUACUCUAAUCGCAAUACAAAUCUUCACAUUAAAAAAUGGACCCAAAGCAAAUAGAUUGAUGCUUAUAAUACUUUCAGUCCUUUAUUACUAGAAUAAGUUCAUUCUUAAUGCUUAACAACCGCAUUACUUGAUAUUUCUAUCAAAUCUCAUAUUGUUAGAGCUUGCAAGGAAUUUGAUAUGGAUAAGAUGGCAAAAUUAAUUCUUGCUCAUUAACAGACUAAAGAAUAUUAUUCAUCUAAAGAUAUUUAAGAAUUGAAUGAAACCCUCAAGUUUUAUACUCAAUACUACAACUAAGCUGUUAAAUAAAACAGAGUUGAUCUUUAGCCUGGUCAAAACAGGAAGAUCUUUGUUGGUAUUUACUCAUUAGGUGAUUCUAAAUUACUAGAAAAGCAAAUAGAAUCAUUAAAAGACCAUGUAGAUGGGAUAGUUGUUGUUGAUAUUAACACAGAUUUACAAUAUAAUCGUUUAAAAUCUAAAAAUCAAAACCCCUCUUAUAUAAAGUAGAAGUAUUAAAAUAACUAGAAAAUAUAAGUAGAAAAUUUGGAAUUUGACUUUUAAAAAAUAGCAAUGAAAAAAUUGAAAUUAAGAUUAGAUAAUCUUAGAGUUGCAAAUGCUGAUUUUGUUUUGAUUUUGGGGCCUGGAGAAUUCGUUUAUCCUAGGGAAAUUAAGAGAUUUUAAAAUUAUAGAAAAGACAUAGGAAUUUUUGGAUUGCAGCAAAAAGAUAAUUCAAAAUUGAUUACUAGCCCUAAAAUGACUUCUUACUAAUUAUUGAAAUUUAUGGGAUUUGAAUUUUUGAGAAAAUAUGAUCUAGAUCCUGAUAUUUUUAAACUUGCUGGUGAACAUAUAUUUGAGGACAAUAUCUAUACAAUCCAAUAUGAUUUUGGAUAUUUGAAUGUUCAAACUUUUAAAAAUGGAGGUUACUAUCUAGAUAAAUUAAAAUGA